AUGGACAAACGAGAACGCGCAGAACUCUUUCGUGAACGCCUUUCCGACGCGAUCCGCAGCCGGGACAUGAACCGCAGCGAUCUGGCGCGGGGCGCGCGGCUGGACCGGUCGACGGUGUCGCAACUCUUGUCGGAAGACGCGCCGCGCUUGCCAAACGGUCAGGCGCUUGCGGCGAUCGCAACUGCGCUCGGCGUGUCUGCGGACUGGCUUUUGGGAUUGUCCACGCACCGUGGAGCCGCUGCGGAAAUUCUGGAUCAGGCUGUUCAGAUAGCAGAAACCGACCGGCACCCGGUCGAUGAGCACCUUCUGGCCUGGUACCGCGAUGCGGUUGGCGCCAAGAUCCGUCAUGUUCCAGCCAACCUGCCUGACGUUUUGAAGACCGAGGCAGUCCUGGCUUAUGAAUACGCGGGGGAAACUUUGCGCACGGCGGAUCAGGCGAUCACCGGAACACGGGAUCAGCGAGCGUUGUUGCACCGGGCAGAAUCGGACAUGGAAAUUGCCCUUUCCCGCGAAGCUCUGGAAGGCUUCGCACGAGGAGAGGGGCUCUGGUCCGGACUUUCACCCGAUGAGCGGCGCGAACAGCUUGAAGUCAUGGGCAAAAGCCUGUCGGAUCUUUACCCUUCAUUGCGGCUUCAUCUGUUUGGGGCAACAGAUCGCUAUUCCUCACCCUUCACGGUAUUCGGUCAGAAAUGGGCAGCGCUUUAUCUCGGACAGAGAUACCUCGCUUUUUCAAAUACCCGCCACGUGCAACUUUUCGCGGGCCAUUUCGACGAUCUUGUACGCCACGCGGUAGUCCGCUCGCAUGAAGCCGGGGAUUUCGUGUCGCGGCUUGCAAGCGACAUCUGA